AUGGAUUCUCCGCUGCUACGCUUCACUACAGUAACGGGGUAUUUCCGCCAGGAUGACCCCGCCACUGACCCUGACACCUUCGACUACGUUAAAUCAAACUUCGGGCUCAUCGAAAAACACUACGAUGAGCACCUAGGAGUGAACCAGACUGACAGCCAGUGGCGCCGCUUUGACGCCCACAUUCAGCGCCUGAACGCCAGCGAGACCAAAAAGUUCAAAGUACUCUUUCUUGGACGGCACGGCGAGGGUGUCCACAACGUUGCUGAGCGCAAGUACGGAACCAAAAAGUGGGAUGAUUACUGGUCUCUCCAAGACGGAGACGAGGACGGCAACUGGGUCGAUGCCCGCCUUACUGAACAGGGCAGAUGCCAGGCACAAGUUGCACAUUCAGCUUGGAAACAGCAGAUCAAGGAUGGCAUCCCGUCACCCGAGUCCUACUACGUGAGCCCCCUGAACCGGUGCCUUGAAACGGCGCAGAUUACGUUUCAGGGACUUGCGAUCCCUAACACGGAUCCCUUUAAGCCGACCAUUAAAGAGCUCCUCCGCGAGACGAUGGGUCAGCACACCUGUGACCGUCGCUCAACGGCUUCGGAAAUCGCAGAAGAGUACCCGGAGUACAAGUUUGAAGCAGGAUUCCCCGAGGAAGACAUGUUGUGGGAUCCUAAGGUCCGCGAGUCGAAUGAGCAUCGCAACGAUCGGCUUCACAAUCUUUUGAACGAUAUAUUUGCGCGCGAUGAAAGUACAUACAUUUCAUUAACGGCCCACUCAGGUGCCAUCACUAGCAUUCUGGAAGUCUUGGGCCAUCGCCGUUUUCCCUUGGCGACUGGUGCGGUGAUUCCCGUUCUCGUUUCUGUGGAAAAGGGGGCCCCGUCGCAGCAAGAGUCACACACAUUGUAG